GCGUCUUGUCCCCGCCCUCCGACAAAGCACAGCAUCCGUCCUCAUCCACGCCGCGUGAUGCCCCUCACAUCCACGCAGAACAGCCCUUGGAAUAGUAGUAGUACGGGUAGUAGGAGUAUAGGAGUGCUCUUCACACCUCUCUCGUCUUUCAUGGAUUCGCCUUUUUUCUGGAAUAUUGCUCCAUCCCAUAGCGAGUGAGGUGUCGUAAAUCCUGAGAGGUCUCCUGACAGGAGACAAGAUGGCGUCCAACCACAUCCUGCGCAGCUACUCCAUCAUCCCGUGUUUCAUCUUUGUAGAGCUUGUCAUCAUGUCCGGCACGGUUCUGCUGGCCUACUACAUGGAGUGCACCGACCUUUUCAGCGUACACGUGCAGGGCUUCUUCUGCAACGAUGCUGAGCUGAUGAAGCCGUAUCCCGGAACGGAAGAGGCCAGCUUUGUACCCCCUCUCAUCUUAUACUGUGUGGUGGCCGCUGCUCCAACUGCUAUUAUUUUUGUCGGAGAGGUGUCCAUGUACGCCAUGAAAUCGACAAGGGAAUCUCUCUUAGCCCAGGAGAAGACCAUCGUAACUGGUGAUUGCUGUUACCUCAACCCUCUUAUUCGCCGUGUUAUACGCUUCAUAGGUGUGUUUGCAUUUGGCCUGUUUGCCACAGACAUCUUCGUCAAUGCGGGCCAGGUGGUCACAGGUGGUCUCUCGCCCUACUUUCUGUCAGUGUGCAAACCCAACUACACUGGCACCGAGUGCCGCCUGACUCACCAGUUUAUCACCAACGGCAACAUCUGUACUGGAAACCCCAUCAUCGUUGGGAACGCCCGCCGCUCUUUUCCGUCCAAAGACGCCUCCCUGAGCGUUUACUCUGCUGUUUAUCUGACAAUGUACAUCACCAGUACCAUCAAGACCAAGUCCAGCCGCUUGGCCAAGCCAGUACUCUGUCUAGGCACUCUCUGUUCAGCCUUCCUCACCGGACUCAAUCGGGUCUCAGAGUACCGAAACCACUGUUCAGAUGUGGUUGCUGGAUUCAUACUGGGAUCAGCGGUUGCACUUUUUCUGGGAGUGUGUGUGGUGAACAACUUCAAAGGUGUCCACGGUGCGACAACUAAGCAGAAGAGCGAGGAGUACCGCGGCCUCCCCCUGAUGACUUUCCCUCGCGUCGAGAGUCCUCUAGAGACCCUCAGUGCACAGAACCACUCGGCAUCAAUGACGGAGGUCACAUGACUAAGGGGGCAGCACCGGGUCACGUUUGCGUCUCCGCAGCACUUCCAGACACAAUGACAAGGACGCAUGUCACGUGGCUUCGAUUGCUUACCAAAAUCAAACACUGAUAUAUCUGUGUAGUUCAACCCCGGGCGACCAAAUCCACCAUGUUUGUAAUGGGCAUUCGUAUUACGAACCAAACUCAAGCACAGAUAGUUUUCUUUAUAACAACUCAUUGCAACAUGGGGUAUUUAUGUUCCUCCGAGGUGUUCUGUUUUUAGUUUGAGGAUGGUGUUUUGCACAUUUUGUAUGAGCGAUUGCUAUUUAACCCACCCUGACAGUGUUCCACCUGCGCACCUCUGUGUUGCAUCACAUCCUGUCAGGUUACUUCCCUCCGUUCACCACGUCCCGUCCCGUCCCGUCCCCACUCAGUCUGAAAAUGUGCUAUGGAAAAUUAGCAAUGUUGAUGUUGUCAUACUGUGAUGUUUGUCAUUUGUACAGAAAAAAAAGAGAUAGAAUUGUUCUUUUUAUUAUGUCUGUAUAUUAAUUAACCACGUCAGGUUGAAUUUUGUAAAGAUUUUUGUUAAUCUGUAUUAUGAUCCUUUUGGACCUGUUUGCCUGCUGUAAACGUCGAUAUGUUUUGGUAUCAGUCAGACACACUCAAACAUUGCUGUAUUAUCAGCCAUGUCUAUGAGUAUACACGGUGUCCCAAAAAUGUGACAUUAUUUCUUAUUCAAAUCAAUUUAUGCACCGGUGAGCUAAAAUUUAAUGAGAUGUGUAAACAACAACUUUCACCUUAGAUUAAUUGAUUAUUAUAUUUACAAUUUAAAAUAGAUCCCAGGUUUCUAAAUGUUUCACAUCUUUAUAAAAAUAUUAUUGGUUGGUACUUAGCUCUUCAAGUACAACAAUAAUGUCCAACAUUAAAGUUAUGUAGUAAAAUGACGUGUACAACUGUCCAUCAAAAAUUAGAACGAGGUUUUAUCGUUCAAAUAUUUAUCAUUAAAAGCCACUUUAUCAUUAUGCAGAAUUUGACCUUUGACAUUGAGCUUAAUUGUAAAAAAACUAGAAAACUACUACUUAGUCAAAUCUAAUUUGUGCAGUAUAUUGUACUGGAUUUGAUAAAUGAAUUUAAAAAAUAACUACCGUAAUUUUCGGACUAUAAGGCACACCUAUUAGCAGCCACCCAUUUCACAAGAAAACAGCAUUUGUUCAUAGAUAAGCCGCACUGGACUAUAAGCCGCAGCUGUCCUUACUGUAUUAUGGGAUAUUUACACCAAAAGAUAUUAACCGGUAACACUUUAUAGGUCAGCGGCAUCAUAAAAUGUCAUAAGACCAAAUGAACCACCAUGAAGCUUCGAACCAAUUAGCUGUAAAGCUUCAUUGCUUCUAGAAGUUUCAUUUGGCCAUCACUGCUCCCUUAGAGGAGACAGCUAACGUCUACUGCCACCUGCUGUAAACACUGUUGUCGUCCAACACGCCUCCUAGCAUGCAUUGCGGCGCUACAGAUGAAAAUAACAAAAUUCAUAUUCUAUUGCUUAUUAUUUCCUCAGUUACUGUUCCAGUUGUUUCAUUAAUUCCCAGUUAUUGGUAUUUGGUAACUCUUUAUUUGACAGUGGUGCCAUAAGACUGUCAUAAGACCAUCUUAAUUAUGACAUGACACUCCCGUGAGCAUCAAUGAAUGCUUAUGACAUAUGUCAUUUUGUUUUAUCCGGCAAAUUAUCUCACUUUUGAAUAGAUAUACUGUAAAAGUUAAAGAUGUCCCGACCGAUCGGGAUGCCGAUCACGUCAUUUUCAAAGUAUCGGAAUCGGCAAAAAAAUAUCGGACAUGCCUUUUUUUAAUAUAUAUAUUUUUUAUUUAAAUCGUCUUCUAAUUGUAUUUAACGUUACAGACAAAAUGUCUUACACUCAUCCAGAGUAGUUUUGGCUUAAAGUAGGGCUAUCAAAUUUAUUGAGUUAACGGCGGUAAUUUUUUUUUUUUAAUUAAUCACGUUAAGUAAUUAACGCAUGCGCUGCACGACCCACUCACGCAUUGUCGCGUUCAAUCUAUAAAAACGCUGUUUUACCUAUAGAUAGCGCCAAAAGGCAGCGUAUAAUGAGUAGAGAGAAUUUUGACAGCCUUUGGAGCCAUUUUUAUGAGGCUAAAGCCUUACAAUACCUCUCUCAGCAAUUAAAAAUAAUGUGGGAGGCAAUGUUGGGAAGAAAGGUAGAAAGGCAGAGAAGAUAUAUCAAUUGGUGCCCAUACGCACAGUCAUGGUUGCACUUCCCAUCAUGCAUUUGGGCAGAAGUUAAAUGGCUGCAGUAUCAUUUACUGAAAGCUCAACAAAUACACUAGAUGGCAAUAUUUAGUCACAAUAUACAAAGUCACAUUUAUCCUUUUCAGAAUUACAAGUCUUUCUAUCCGUGGAUCCCUCUCACAGAAAGAAUGUUAAUAAUGUAAAUGCCAUCUUGAGGAUUUAUUGUCAUAAUAAACAAAUACAGUACUUAUGUACUGUAUGUUGAAUGUAUAUAUUCAUCCGAGUUUUAUUCAUUUUUUUCUUAAUGCAUUGCCAAAAUGUAUAUGAUCAGGAAAAAUUAUCGGGAAUGAUUGGAAUUGAAUCGGGAGCAAAAAAAAGCAAUCGGAUCGGGAAAUAUCGGGAUUGGCAGAUACUCAAACUAAAACAAUCGGGAUCGGAUCUGGAGCAAAAAAACAUGAUCGGAACAGUUACGAGCUGGACAUAAAUGGAGUUAGUGACAUAAUUUGCCAGAUGACAUUUAAUGACAUCUGUCAUAAGCAUUCAUUAAUGCCUAUGACAGUGUCAUGUCAUCAUUAUGACGGUCUUGUGGCAGUCUUAUGACACCGCUUUCAAAUAAAGUGUUAAUUAUUAACAUAAAUAAAUCAACAAAUAAGCCGCACUGGACUGGAAGAUGAAGGAUUCAAAAUGGCUUAUAGUCUCAAAAUUACAGUACUGCAUUAGAAAUACUAAUUUAAACAAACUGUAUGCUGCUUAGGUACAAGCUUUAUGCUAUUAUGCUUGAUUGUUGUUGUUGAUUGGAGUUAAUCACACAUUCAUGUUUCAACCGAUGUAAUUUCAUGGGGCGAGGCACAUUGGAUGUUGAGCUUAAACUACUUACUCGGUGUGUACCUGGAUUCAUUGUUUUGUAUGUUGGAGUUUCUUUUCAAAGAGAUUCUGUUGGGCUAGCUGUGCCAGACCUACUCCAAAAACAAUGCCGACUCUGUAAACUGUAGAAACAACCUUUUAAAGAAAAAAAAAGACUCAAUAUAAGACCUGGCUAGCCCUUUUUAAUUUAAAAAAAAAAAAAAAAAAAAAAUGAACCAGGCUAAUGACCGCUUCACCUUUCCUCCUUGAGGUAUCCCUCCCUCACCCACCAGUGGAUUGUGAUGCAAUGUUGUGACUCCAUGGCCCAGCAUGAAGAGAGAAGUCAAGAUGUUUUAUAAAUAUUCAUGAUUUUAAUUAUGCUCUUUAACAUUGUGAUUAUAAUCGUAUUUUAUGACGUUUCAAAAGAACUGUUUUCAUUUCAAAUGCUGCAUAUAUUUUAUUUUCUUGGUUUGUUCUCAAAUUAAAUCGUCGUAGCAACGUG